ACGCGUCUAUAGCGACGCAUAUAUGCGGGAUGCAUGCAUGCUUACCGUACGGCUGGAAGAUCAAGCUGAAUCAAAUGAUAAUGUUCUGAUUGCAGCUAGCAUUAACAGCAGCCAGUUGUAACAGCCGGUAGCUUUUUUUCGGAAGAAACAUAGCCGCUACCCCUUUGGAUAAAUUCAUAGCCUUGGAGUAUCUGAGCUCAUUUCCAAGAGGACCUUGGAUUAAUAUUCAUAUCUUAUUAUAUUUUUUCGAAGCGAGCUUGAUCCAGAAAAUCACAGGCACCAUGCCCCUUUUUACGAAAAGAGGGCGAAAAGAAAAGGUGUCGGAUAUUUAUGAUCUGAAGCACACCAUAGGAACAGGUGCUUUUUCAGAGGUAGUGGUAGCAGAGGAUAGAAAGAGUGGAGAGUACAGAGCCAUAAAAUGCAUUGAGAAGAAGAAAAUCAAAGGAAAGGAGGACACACUGGAGAAUGAAAUCGCAAUCUUAAAGCAAAUAGAUCAUCCAAACAUAGUGGCACUAUUGGACAUAUUUGAAGACAAGAUGCAUGUAUAUUUAGUUAUUGAAUUGUAAGUAUUCUUUUAUAUCCUACUCUUUAAACUACAGCUAUUUUUUAUCAAUUUACUUAUAUUGUUGUGUCAUCAAUCGUUGGGGCGCUUUUCUUGGCGAUGAUGAAAUUGAGAAUUGCAAUGGGUGAGGAAGUACUUAUGCUGUGCAAAGUAUUUUUUAUAAAUAAAACAUUUAAAGACUGUAUAUUGUUCCUGUAAAUCCCAGAAUGCACCAUUCAAAUGAACGAUUCAUUACAAGAUUGUUUGAAUGUGCAUUUCCUAAUAAAGUUAUGAUGUGAAAGAUAUGAAAUGAAAAUGCAUUUUGUGUGUUAAAUAUUUGAAUAUUACAAAAAAAAUUGAUAUUUUAUUUCAUGAAAAUAGACCUCCAAAUUUAUGUUAAAACUUCUAUGUACGAAAAAUUUUGUAUC